AUGGCAUCAAGUGAUAAGGUUCCGGUGGCGUGUCCCGCAAGCAGCGGAGAAGGCAAGGAACCAAUGGGUGAUCCGACGAAGACCACUACAACGAUGCUAGAGAAAGGAACGGCUAUGAUGCAGUCCAUGAAGCCGAUCAGGCAAAUGAGUCUUCACAUGUGUUCAUUCGCUUGCUAUAGCCAUGAUCCUGGCCGUCAGAUCGAAGUUCAUAUCUACGGUCACCGUGUAAACCAAGACUUUCUCCAAUGUGCCGUCUACGAUUCCAAUUCCUCUAAUGCUCAUCUCAUAGGAAUCGAAUAUAUAGUAUCAGAGAAGUUAUUUGAAAGCCUCUCACCAGAGGAACAAAAGCUUUGGCAUUCCCAUGAUUAUGAGAUCCAAAUGGCUCUUCUAGUAACUCCAAGGGUCCCAGAGCUCGUUGCGAAGCCGGAGCUUAAAAAUCUUGCCAAGUCCUAUGGAAAAUUUUGGUGUACAUGGCAGAUCGAUCGCGGGGAUAGAUUACCACUAGGUCUACCAUCAUUAAUGGUGUCACCACAAGACGUGAAUCUCGGGAGGAUCAAACCGGAGCUGGUGAAAAAAAGAGAUGAAGAACAUGGAAUCUCGACUGAAUCGUUGAAGCCAUCACGAGAAGGGAUUUGUGGACCGGAGAAAAAGAAUCUGGUUGCUGAUUAUUGGGUUCGGUUUAGAAAAGGCUUUGCGCUUGAUGUCGUUGAGACGGAUAUGAAGAAAACAGCUCCCUUCCCAUAA